AUGGCUGGCGCAUCUAGCACCGAUAAACCAAGCACUCAAAAUACCGAUGCGCGCGAUAAGCCACCAACCGAUACAGCGCGUACGGAGACCGAAGAACAAAAUCCGUUUAUCGCUUUUCGCCGCUAUGCCGAUGAGCAGAUAUCCUCCAUGCUGCAGUCGGUGAUGGGCAUUCCGUCAAUGAUGGCUCCUCCGCAUUCCAAUAAAUGGCCACAGUUUGACGAAGAGAUUCAGCAGCGACUCCGGAGAAACGAACCCGCUGAGCCCAAUGGCGACGAAGAUCGAUCGACUGAUCGGUGGAACCGCGGACAUUGGGGAUCUGGCCAUGAUGGAGAUUUCUUUGGUUCAUGGGGGUUUCCUCGUCAUUCACUAAACUCUUUUGAAUCCUUUUUUGACGAGCGAUCUCCUUUUGGAUUUGGCGGGUUCUUUUCUCCCGAUAGCGCCUUCUUUGGGGGAGACUCGCAAACUUGGCCUAUUUCAUAUCUCUUAUUGAGCCCUUAUUCCCCUCUCCAUCUUGAGCGAUCACAAGGCAGAAACCGGCAUCAGCAAGGAAUGCUAUCGUCUUUUUUCUCACCAUACGAGGCUGUGGAACUGGAUCCUUCCGAGCCACGAUGGCGAGAUGCCUUUGAGGACCUUCUAAGAGUCGAAAACGGACUGGCCUUACUGGACCAGAGCAAUGGCUCUGAUCGCAGCAGACAACCACCAAAUGAGUGGCUGCGAGGAUUAGUCCAGAGGGGCAGCAUUGGCAGCAACUGGAGAUUGACAGGGCCAGAUGACCAUCGAUAUGGUCUCGCUCUGGAGAGACCUCAACAGUAUAAUGAUAUUAACGGAAACCCACGAAUAGAACGGCAACCAGACACCGAAAAAGAAAAUAUAAUCGAGAAAAUCGAGCCCGAGACAGAACUCGAUCUAUACGACCGUUUUCUAAACGAUAUUGCCAGCUCCCAUGAAAAAUACUCACGAGCCUUUGCGGACAGCCCUCUGAUGCGUCUUCUAGAAGAAGAACGCAAGCGGCAUUUGGAACAACAGGAGGACCAAAGAGAACCUCACACGGAGAAGACAGAAAGCAAAGAUUGGCUCGAAUAUACUGCGAACGGGAACCGGGAAUUGCUGGAUUCUCAGUAUACAAAUGAUCAAUCGUCUGGUGAACCGAAUGUUGUUUCCACGAUGACAAGGACUGUUCGACGCACCCAGCCUGAUGGUUCUAUUUCCACAAAAACAAUCAAAACCAGACGCUUCGCAGAUGGUAGCGAGGAGAGCAAUGAAUCCGUGGAAGUUAUCCCCCCACCAACCCAAAAGAACGAAAAUCAGCAAGGCUCUUCUAAUGAAGAGAAAGGCGACAACAACUCUUCGGGCGGAUGGUUUUGGACUCGCUAA